CUUUUCGGCUACUCUGGGUAAACUUUCGCACAACUUCCCAAUCACCAUCAGUUGACAACAGCAACUCGACGGCGCUGGUCGCAAUUCUGGAACGGAAAUUUUCCCUCCAGGCACGACGGGCGGUGGUUUUUUUUUUCGCUAGACAUGUGUCACACUGACUGUUUUAGGCUCUAGAAGUGAUUUUUGGGCAUACAGCAGUGGAAAUUGUGCAGCUUGGUUGCUUAAUUGAAGCAUAGACGGAGUGUUGGGCGACAUGAAAUAAUGAGCAGCGGUUUGAGUUGACGGUGGAAGUGCAGUGUCGGUCGGAAAUAGAUGGUAAUGAGCUUUGCUUACGCGACUUUAAGCGGAUCCCCAAAAUUAAAGCUAGUGUGUACUGUAGAGGUACACGCGUAAUCUAGGUACGUCGGAAAUUUGGGUGAUUCUCGCGUGGAGUGUGAAUGAAUGUAGAAGGCAGGUGAGUUCGAUGACCUUCCGCGCACAUACAGAAGAGAGCGCUGUGUAAUUUGUCGCCAUUCCGCAGAAGUGGAGCAAAGUGAAAAUCAAAUUGAAAUUUAAUGAUAUUUUAUGGUUGAAAUCUGUUGUGGUCGAUACCGAGGAGAGGCUGUCGCUUAUCAGAUUGUAGGUGAAUGGGACGUGACCGUUUGUGGCGUUUGGCGCUAAUUGAAUUAGGCAGUGAUUUCCGGAAGCAACACUGGAAGCCGGUUAAGCUGUUGCUCGGUAUAUGUUUGGUGAAUAUUAACACUUCUCACCUGCAAAAGGAGUGAGACGCAACAUCUAUCUGUUGGAGUAUCGUUUUGUCAUCGUAGAAAAUUUAAAAUAAUUGCAUACAGUCUCAAAAAUAAAAUCUAGAACACAUAUUUAUUUCGAUUAAUCACUUAAAUCAAUAAACGGUACAUGUGCGUGCGUGAAAGUGGCAAGCUCCGGGCAAAAUAGGGAAUCCACGUCGGCCUCGGAAUGUCGUAAACCCGAGCCGGAUGCCAACGUAGUCGAAACAGCAGUAGCAGCAUCAGCAUCAACGGCUUCAUCAGCACGUCAGCAGCAACAGCAACCGCAGCAGCCAAAAAUUGCAAUCACGCACUUGAAAUCACUCACAAGUUGCACAACAACCACGACUAUCACCACCAGAAGUAAACCUAGUGGCGAAAGCACCAGCAGCAACAGUAAAGGUAGCAGCACUACUACAACAACCACCGAGGAGAAGGAAGAGGUUGACGAAGGGGACAGCAGUUCGGGACAGCUUGUUAGCACCAGAGGAAUAUGCACUUUGAGGGUGAAGAUUUUCCUCAUAAAACACUUGUCUAAGCUAGUCGCGUGCAACAAGAAGAUGUUUCUGCCAGUGAAAUCCAAUACAUCCCCAGUAGCCACCGAAGGAACCAAUGGAGAGGAUGUCGCCACUGUAACCAGCAACUCGACGCAGACCCCAAGCGAUCUCAGCCCGCCGAACAUGUCCGGUGACGACAUACUGCCGCAGGCUCACCACCAAAAUCCUGGCCACUGUAUAGCAUCGUUCUCGGCAAUUAACCGCAUGCGACAGAACGCCCAGCUCUGCGAUGUGACGCUGGAAGUCGGAGGUGAAACCAUCAAUGCACAUAAGGUCAUACUGGCUUCGGUUUCGCCGUAUUUCUAUGCGAUGUUCAAUGACGACAUGCUGGAACGGAACCGGGACGUUGUCACCCUGCACGACAUCGAUCCAUCAUCGCUCAAACAACUCAUCGAAUAUGCGUACAGUGGCGAGAUCACCAUCACCGAGGAAAACGUACAGGUCCUGCUCCCAGCAUCCAGCUUGCUCCAGAUUCAAUCGGUGCGGGAAGCCUGCUGCAAGUUUUUGCUACGCCAACUGCACCCAUCGAACUGCCUGGGGAUUCGAAGCUUUGCAGAUGCCCACUCGUGCAAGGAGCUUCACUCACGUUCGCACCGUUAUGCUUUGCAAAACUUUCAACAAGUUGUUGGCACGGAGGAAUUUUUACUGCUAGGAUUCAAUGAGGUCCAGGACCUCAUCUCCAACAGCCAGCUGAACAUCUGCUCCGAGGAGAAGGUAUUCGUUGCCGUUCUGAACUGGGUCAAGCACGAUCUGAGCGAGCGCAAGAAGCACAUUUCCGAGCUGAUGUCGCACGUGCGCCUGCCACUGGUGAACCGCGAAUUCUUGAUGUCCUGCGUCGAGACGGAACCCCUGGUGCGGGAGGACUUCCACUGCAAGGAGCUCCUGCUGGAAGCGAUGAAGUACCAUCUACUGCCGGAGCAGCGUAGCUCGCUGGUCAGCCAACGCACACUGGAAAGGCGUCCGGAGGGAAUGCGACAGUAUAUUUUUGCGGUUGGUGGCGGAAGCCUGUUUGCCAUUCACAAUGAGUGCGAGUGCUACAACCCGAAGACCAACGCCUGGAUGACCAUUUCACCGAUGAGCUCCCGAAGAUCCCGGGCCGGUGUGACGGCCCUGCGGAAGCUGCUGUACGUUGUUGGCGGGUAUGACGGGGAGAAUGACCUUGCGUCAGCGGAGUGCUACAAUCCAUUGACCAACGAGUGGUGUAACAUAACCCCUAUGGGAACGAAGCGGUCAUGUCUGGGAACGUGCGCCUUCGACGGGCUUCUGUACGUCUGCGGAGGCUAUGAUGGUGCUUCCUGUUUGGCAAGUGUUGAAAGGUAUGAUCCGUUGACGGCGGUGUGGACGUCCUGUCCGGCGAUGAAUACCAGGCGUCGGUACUGUCGAGUUGCUGUUCUGGACAACUGUAUCUACGCACUGGGAGGUUUCGAUUCGAGUAACUACCAAUCGUCGGUGGAACGUUUUGACCCAAGGGUAGGUAAUUGGUCUGCGGUGCCUAGUAUGACAUCGAGGAGAAGCAGUUGCGGAGUUGCGGCGUUGGAUGGGUAUCUGUACUGUAUAGGGGGCAGCGAUGGGACGAUGUGUAUGCAGACGGGAGAGAGGUUCAAUUUGAGGACCAACAGCUGGGAGCCGAUUAGUGCUAUGCAUUCCAGAAGGUCCACUCAUGAGGUCGUCGAAGCGAAUGGGUAUCUGUACGCUUUGGGAGGUAACGACGGGUCAUCAUCUCUGAACUCCGUGGAACGCUACGAACCCAAGGUUAACAAAUGGACGAUCGUUACAUCGAUGCUUACUCGACGCAGCUCUAUAGGGGCUUCUGUGCUAGAGUGCUUCAACCUGGAGCGUGGCCUGCUACAAACCAGUAUAUGACCGGUCAUAGCACAUCUAGGCGAACCGGUUGGUGGAAGUGUUGCCAACUCGACAGCUGCCAGCACUACUUCCUCCGCAAGCAAUGGAUCCCAGUGAAGAAGAAAGGCGAGUCGUUUGUUAAAUGGAAUUCAAUCGAAGUAACGUGAAACAAUAGAGUAUGUAGUGUGUUUGAGCAGAACACAGUUUUGUCAAAUAGAAAAUUUCCAAAUUUAACUUAACUAGCUAGUCAGAGGAAUAUAGGAAAACUCUUAUCUGUGUCGCCAUGUAGCUGGACUUUGAUACUAUUUGAACAACCACGUCUUUCUAUAUUCAUGGCAGAACUUUUUCAUAACAAUUAUUUGUAUGCUCAUUCGUCAUGAUUAGCUUUGCGGAGGCGAUGCAAAGCAUUUCCGCUUAGCGUUUACGUCGUUUAUGGACAAGCCCUAAAUGAGAUGCUUUUGAACCGCUCUUGUAAAGCUUUAUGGGAACUUUUUUUUUAAACUUGAAACAUUGAAAACAUUCCCUGGGAAAAUCCAAAAAUACUACCAGAAAUCUUUGAUUUUUUUUUUAAUUUUCACAAGGCCUUUUUCAAAAAAGUUUAAAAAUACUUGCAACAAUUUCCCCAAGGAUAAAAACAAAUCGUCAAGGAAUCAAGGAUAGGUUUAUGAGGAAACAAACCAGCUGCAUAAAGCUGGAAACUUCUCAAGCAUUUAUGCUUUCAUCAGACGUCGUUGUUCAAAUAUUCGUCAAAUCAACGUUAUUUUUCGUUUCGGAAAUUAAAAAAUAGCUAAAAUCAAGCAUUCAUUGCAGUAAUAAUAAUCAACAUCUCGUGGCGGUCUAUAGCAAGAAAUAUAUAUACCGUAAAAGUACUUCUAUUGGUGAUAAUGUUUUGUUUAUGUUAGAUUCUGAUUAUUAAUAGCUUUCUAGAAACUAAUGGAACCUUUGGAGUACAGUAGUUAUAUAGAAAAAUUAUAGUAAACCAAAUUUCUAGAAUUUUGAAAUCAUUCUUUCGAAGCAUUCUACAUCAACACGUUCAACAUUCCAUUUGAAGCCCUUCUUGAAUUCUCAUUACUAUCUGUGAUAUUCCACCUUCUUGCUCUACCUGUGACUAUCCUUAAGCACCUGCUUUUCCGCAAAACCUCCAUGUUCCUUAAAACUUAAAGAACGUUGUUCAUGCUAGCCAAAACCCACCUAAAAACUUGUACCAGAUUCAAUCCAUAAACUGAGGUCAUGCUAUUCCAUGCAUUUAAUCAUAGGUGAUGCCUCAUUCGAAAGCAAAACCCAACUCAAAUUCAAUACGCCUUACAAUCGAUCGGUGAAACGAUAAGACAGCAUUCAGAUUAAAGGAAAAUUAUAAAGAAAAUAUCACUAUGUGGUCCAAACAAUACUAGGAUAUUCGAAAUAACAAGUAAAAGAAAGAAGUGUAAAUUUUAUCGACGUUUAUCAAAAGAAAAAAAUAAGAAAGCAUAGCUAAAUAUCAAUAUUAUCAAAGCAAAACGCAAACAUCGAAUCGUGCCGAAGAUCGAUUGAAUUGUUAACAAAUGGAAUGGAAGGUCACCAGACAGGUUACUUAGAACAGACAAAAUGGACGGAUUUAAAGCGUACUUUACAUAUUACUGAAACUAAUUUAUUUGCUUUGAUACGGCUUAUCGAUAGUUCAAGAAAAAAAUAAGCAUAAUGCGAAAAACACAAAAAGGAAUUAUACAAAUGGAAACGCUCAUUAGUUCUUAUAUACAUAAACCAAUAGAAACGACAACUCAGAAGAUUAAGCAGGAAUCGAUGCACUGCCACUUGAUAUUGAAGGUAAAACUAGAAGUUCAGGGGUAUAACUAAAUAUCAACUACCAAUUUUGUUUUCCAACCCAACAAAACGACACUAGUCUCGCCGCAGGGAAUCUUUAUCCACCACAAAACAUAAUAACGGUGGACAGCAGACCACAAAUUUACAGAACCCUAACAAGUACGGAUUUGCUAUAAACAUCUACACUCAACCAACAAACCGAAACUAUAUGAACAACUAAAACGUACACAUUCCGCCGACAAGGUUUUGGAAGACUCUUUUUUCGAACAACCCUUACCAGGGAUUAGAACCAUACAAUAAUGGCUUUCGUAUAAGUGUACUGUACAUUACUGCAACGGGAAAAUCUCUCAAAGUCGACAAUUGUAAACUAUUGAAGAAACAAAAAAAACAUUCCGAACAGCCAGAAACAACCAGCAUAGUAAAAUAAACUUAUUCCACUUCCCAGGCGAUAGAUUUCGUUACUCGGUAGAAUGGAAAGAAUUACUUUCAGUUAUUGUUUGGCAUGUCUGUCUCUAUCUGUAUGGAAAGUUUCACUAAGGGCGUUCUUUUCCGACGACACCGAAACGCACAGUUUGAUUGUUAAACUGAUAAUGUUUUAUUGUUCGAUUCUUAAUCUACAGAUUACCUACGGGAGGCACUUGAAGUUGGUAUCGAUGUGCUAGUAUGGGUGUGUGAAGGAGAAGGCAAAAUAUGGUGCGCCCUGGUAACAGCUUAACCUGUGCGAUUGGGUCGCGUUGUAAUUCGAGAUAGUCAAAUUGCAUGAUGUGCUCGGUGCCAUCGAACUGAUUUGUGCACUGCUGCAUAUGCGUGAGAAUUGUCUCCGCGGGGUACUUGACUGCUUGUACGGUCUUCUAAGAAUUAUGGCAACAUCGGGACUUCAAGUGUCUCUCACAAAUAUGGGUUGUUGCUAUGCAUGCCACAUCUGCAACCAUGAACUACGCACUUUCGCUCAUAAGUAAGGGGAUGAUCUUGAGUUUGAUUUCCUAUCUCAUCACUCUUUCAACCGCUCUAGCGCCAAAAAUGGACUAAAACUGGCGACAGCUAUGAUGCAACAUAACAUCACAUCCAUUUAAUUGCUCUACAUCACAUUAGGAUAAUACAUAAACUACGCCACAAUACUCGGUUUGUAGCUGCCGUUAUCCAUCCUCUGUCACGCUCAAUACUCUCCAGAUCACGUUCUACUAGGUCCGAUCCCGUUGCGCUCGUUCUCUCCUUGUACCAACCGGAUAUGUGACGACAUCUAAUUUUGCAGGGUUGUUGUGCGGUAUUAUUGAAACAUACGUUGUCUACCGUAUCCUUUCGUUAUUGGCCACCUUCUGGAUGCUGGGUGCUCCG